AUGGCCAUGUUGCAAGACAGAAACGAAAAUAAAUACGUAUGUUUUUUUUUUAAAUGACGUUUGGAAAUAUACUAAUAUAUCAACAGAGAGACCAUCCGACAGACAGACAGACAGACAGACAGACAGACAGACAGACAGACAGACAGACAGACAGACAGACAGACAGACAGACAGACAGACAGACAGACAGACGGACGGACGGACGGACGGACGGACGGACGGACGGACGGACGGACGGACGGACGGACGGACUAUAACAGACAGACAGACAAACAGACUAUAACAGACAGACGGACAGACUAUAACCGACAGACAGACAGACUAUAACAGACAGACAGACAGACAAACAGACUAUAACAGACAGACUAUAACGACAGACUAUAACAGACAGACUACAACAGACAGACUAUAACAGACAGACUAUAACAGACAGACUAUAACAGAUUGACUAUAACAGACAGACUAUAACAGACAGGCUAUAACAGACAGACUAUAACAGACAGACUAACAGACAGACAGACAGACAGACAGACAGACAGACAGACAGACAGACAGACAGACAGACAGACAGACAGACAGACAGACAGACAGACAGACAGACAGACAGACAGACAGACAGACAGACAGACAGACAGACGAAACAGACAGACAGACAGACAGACAGACAGACAGACAGACAGACAGACAGACAGACAGACAGACAGACAGACAGACAGACAGACAGACAGACAGACAGACAGACAGACAGACAGACUAACGGACAGACAAACCAAAAGACCGACUUCUCCUUGUUUAUUUUCUACGUUAAGCUUUCCACCUUUCCACAGGAAUUCAGUCAAAAAUUCUCAGAAUUGGGUCUAAUUCUGGUAAUUAUCACAGGCCGUUGGCUUUUACCUCGUGGUGAAAUAACCAGAGAUCAACUUUCUGCGUUGUUGCUUACGUAUGUUGGUACGGCCGCUGAUAUUAUGGGUAAGAAGCACCAAGUAUUGUGCUACUGUCGUAUCACAUGGUUUCUUUUGUUCGAAUCUUUUAGAGGGGGUAGCCUGCGAACAGGCUCUCAAGCUGAAUUGAGAGCCUGCAUUGAUGACUAAUGAAUUUGAAUAUCUGCCCAGUAACGUUCGUUUUUCCUAAUAUGGAAUGUUCAUCCUUAUAUGGUGUUGUUUACAACUUUCGUGUAAACUAAAUUUAGACCGUGCAAACUAAAUUUAGACCGUACAGUUUAUAUUGUUUUUCGAAAUAUAAGAUAUCCAAGCAAAAGUUUAAACAUUUUAAAUAGUGUUUUCUCAAAACAGAACAUUUCAUGCUUUGAAGUCUUUGAGAUAAGAUGGCCAAGACCAAUUUGAUGACCUUUCAUAAGUUAAUGUGUUUUUUUUAUGCAUAGUGCUUAGCAUAGAGCUCAGCGGAAAAUAUAAAUUAUAGCAUCUGACCAAUGAGAAUUUCGCGUCAUGAUUUGAGACGCAGACAUGACGCAGAUAUUCAAAUUCAUUAGUCAUCGAUGCAGGCUCUCAAUUCAUCUUGAGAGCCUGUUCGCAGGCUAAGAGGGGGAUCGAAUCAUUAAAAGGGGGAAUCUUUAAUUUAAAGGGGGAAUCGUUAAAAGGGGAAUCUAGCUUUACGUGCGCGGUGUCAGAUUUUUUUUCCAUGUACAGCUCAUUUAUUUUAUUAUGAAGACCAAAUGACCAAUUUGCGUUUUUUCUGAACAAAUGUCCGACUAAGAACUAUCACGCAAUUGAAUAUUGUUGAAAAGCUGAAUAUUUAAAGUGAAAAGUUCUAAAAGCCGAGUUUGAGACGUAUAUACGGCAGUUUCUGUUUUCUUAGGGGUGUUUAUAUGCGCGCUACAGGAAGGGGUGGUCCCAGUGGGUGGUCCUCCUAGCUCUAGCGCUAUUUGAAAUCCUUAUUGAAAUACGUUUUCGACGCGGCCAGCCCUCCUAAAGGCUGAUUUCCACUGUUGCCUUUUUCGUACGCACGUACACGCACGUAAAACUUUGAAUCCUUCUAUUUUUUAAAUACUUUCAAUACUAUUUUUUGAAUACUAUUGAUAGUGUAACUUCUUUUUCAGUUUCUUGUUUUUAUGGUUUGUUCCCCAGAUAUUUCAAUUUGUUUUAUAUGUAAAUGAGUGUGAAUAUGUCCCCUAAUUUAUGACGUCACUUUGGUUGCAAGCUCAACUUACACUGGUUAUAAAUCUAUUAACUCCAAAAACUGUACAUAUCUGUUCGCGUUUUUCUCUAGUGUUUCAUCACUUUUACCAGUGAGUGAAGUUUGAAAUUAUUAUCUUCGAUGAUUGCAGUGAUAUUCGACCAUUUUGAAGAGCUUGCAACCAAAGUGACGUCAUAAAUUAGCGGAAUAUUUACACUCAUUUACAUAUCAAACAAAUGGAACUAUCUCGGGAACAAACAAUAGAAACAAGAAACUGAAAAAUAAGUUGCACUACAGCUUAACGAGUUCUUUCAUUUAAGAAAAUAAGAAAUUUCGUGUGAUAUGUACUUUAAAAGUGUUGUUUAUCAUUGAUUUUUAUCAUACAAUUGUACUCGAAAAGUAUAUUUUACACGAUAUCCGCGUUUUACCCGGUCAGGGGUCCGUCCGUCCGUAUCAGCGUUAACCCAGUCCGUCCGAAUCUGCCCUAAACCAGUUAAAACAUGAACAGCCGAUCUUUAUCUGAUAUUCAAAAAUCAUUUAAUAAUUCACGAGGAAAACACAAAGAAAAAUCAUAAGCGUGUCGUAUUAUAAUAUAUGAUAGUCAGAGAUUUCCCUUGAUUUACAUAAACUUUAACUUUGAUUUUUAGACUUACACAAUAUAAUUUUUGAAAAAUUGCGUUGCAUGGAUGGUAACAAUGGUCAAUCCAUUCUGACGAUACAUAAAUUUUAGUUUUCGACAGGCUAUUUGAAGUUGGUUAACUAUUUUAAAUGAUCCAGUGAAAGGUUAAACAAAACAGAAAAUUAUUACAUUCACCAAGCAACAGCCAAGAUACAAUCUAGGUGAUCCCCUAACCUUUUUGGCAAUUUUUACUCUUACAAAAGUGGUUAUUUAACUUAUUUUAAAACUAUAACGGUAAUGGGUCAGCGCCUAUUUUAUAUUAAUAAGUUUGUUCCUGGAUUUUAACAACAAGCUUGUUGUCUAGUGGUAAAAUUUACAGGCUGUGUUUCAAGUCCUACAGAAGCUAGAGAAAAUAAUUUUAAUUAUAAAAUGUAGAGAAAAUAGUAAAGUGAAUAAGUUGCGUUAGGCUUCCGAAAACGCGCAAGUGAUCUUGUGGUAAAGACUACAUGCUGCGUCAUUACGCCGUUAUUAAUUACACAAGCCAGAGAAAAAGGUUAUGGUGAAUAAGUUGCGGUAGCCUUCCAACAACGAACAAGUGGUCUAGUGGUAAACACUACAUGAUGUGUAAUGUACCUAUACCAUUGUGGUUCAAGUCCUACAAACGUCAUUUUGUGACUUGAAAUGUGUCGAAUAUUAUUUACACAAGCUAGAGAAAAAGGUUAUGGCGAAUAAGUUGCGCUAGCCUUCUAACAACGAACAAGUGGUCUAGUGGUAAACACUACAUGCUGUGUAAUUAUAAUGUACCUAUACCAUUGAGGUUCAAGUCCUACAAACGUCAAAUUGUGACUUGAAAUGUGUAGAAUAUUAAUUACACAAGCUAGAGAAAAAAGGUUAUGGUGAAUAAGUUGCGGUAGGCUUCCGACAACGAGCAAGUGGUCUAGUGUAAACACUACAUGCUGUGUAAUUUACCAUUGUGGUUCAAGUCCUAUCAAAAUCAUUUGGUGAAAAGUGUCGAAUAUAAAUUACACAAGCAGGAGAAAAAAGGUUACGGUGAAUAAGUUGCGUUACGCUUCCAACAACGAGCAAGUGGUCUAGUGGUAGCGAUAUCGGACUAUAAAAGCCAAUGUCGUGUAUCAGGAUCGGUUCGAGGACGAAUGAAAGAAUAAUAAAGAAGAAAGAUGCUAGAAGAAAGAAGAAGAAUACAAAAGAAAAUGGCGGCUGGGCAAAUGUUUGGAGAAGGUACUACCAUUGAAAUUAAUCUUUAGUAGUUACCAUGGUGUGGCGCAUGCGCGGUAGACUUAGAAUAUGACAACGUGCGGUGGGAAGGCGGCAGAGGAGGAGGAGGGAGGCCCCCGGGGAGGGGAGCCAGGAAAAAAUUUACUAAGUCUUUUUCCUUGACGCUUUGAACAAGAUACGUUAAGGUUUUUCCUCAUUUUUUUCGGGGAAACAGAACCCCCGAAUUUUCGUCUCACUCCGCAUACGGCCGGUCAGAUCGAUUACCUGAGCACAAAGUCUCAACCGGUCUUAGCCAGACUCGAUCUUUCCACCAUAGCACCCGAAGGCUUUGAGUGGUACCUCUAGACUACUAGGUCUAUUGGCGAAAGCUUAAUGUUUUCUAUCAUAGCUAAUCCUUUUUCCACUGACAAAGACCAAAAGGUCAUUGUCACGUCAGGAAACGAUCCUGACUUCACCGACAUGCGACACUUAGCCGAGACCACUAGACCAUUAUGGCUGUUGCUCCUUAGCUGGUACUUUUGAUUUUAUUUAAUCCUUUACUCUCUGAGGUGCACACAAAAUUGCAAGGUAUAUCAUGUCUCGCAAGGCAACAAAUCUCGCAAUAUUAUUGUUGCAACAACCAUUGCACGAAUUAGAAUUAGAUUCUACUUUUUGCAACGAUUGCGGCAACGCGUUUCUAAAAGCAUUACACAGUGUAACAUCUUGCAAAUAGUCUCGCAAUAUUUAUACACUGGAAUCGUCUUAACAUUGCGAGAUAACUUCCGAUACAAUUAAGUUGCUUAGUGUAACACAGCGAAAAGAAUAUUUUGCUCAGUAGGAUCGACCAUGGUUUCCAAGCAUACGACACUAUGUUGAGUCCAGAACACUAUCUUGACUGUUGGUUUAUCACCGGUACCUUUUUGUACAGCUGAAAAACCAACAGUCAAGAUAGUGUACUGGAUUAAACACCAGUAGACUGUCAAUCUGGCAUCAAACGCAAGCACUCGCGGUUUUCAAACUGUGAUCAUUGCAAGUUGCAUGGGAUAUGCUUGGUGUAACAACCCUUCGAGACAAGUUGCUUAGUGUAACAGCGAAAAGAAUGUUGAGCUCAGCAGGGGUCGAUAUAUGACUUCCAAGCAUACGACAUUGUGUUGAAUCCAGUACACUAUCUUGAUCAUUUCAGUGUAUAAAUAUUGCGAGAAUAGUUGCAAGAGGGAUGUUACACUCUGCAAUGCUUUUAAAAAUGCGUUACCGCAAACGUUGCAAAAAAUAGAAUCUGAUUCUAAUUGGUGCAAUGGUUGUUGCAACAAUAAUAUUGCGAGACUUGUUGCCUUGCGACGUAUGAUACAUCUUGCAAUUUUGCGUGCACCUCAGAGAGUAAAGGGCUAAAUAAAAUCAAUAGUACCAGCUAACGAGCAACAGCCACGACGGUCUAGUGGUCUCGGCUAGCUAAGUGUCGCAUGUCGGUGAAGUCAGGAUCGUUUCCUGCCAUGACAAGGACCUUUUGGUCUUUGGAAGGGGUACGAAUUAAUUUAUACGGUAGAGAAAAAGGAUUAGCUAUGCUAGAAAACAUUGAGCAUUCGCCAAUAGACCUAGUAGUCUAGAGGUACCACUCAAAGCCUUCGGGUGCUAUGAUGGAAGGAUCGAGUCCGGCUAAGACCGGUUGAGACUUCGUGCUCAGGUAAUCGAUCUGACCGGCACUAUGCGGAGUGAGACAAAAAUCGGGGGUUCUGUUUCCCCGAAAAAAAUGAGAGAAAAUCCUGAAGUAUCUUGCUCUAAGAGCAAAGCAAAAAGACUAUAAUUAGUAAAUUUUUCCCGGCCCCCCUCCCCUUCCCACACGCAAGCUGUCAUAUUCUAAGUCUACCGCGCAUGCGCCACAACAUGUUAACUACUAAAGAUUAAUUUCAAUCAUAGUAUCUUCUCCAAACAUUUGCACGGCCACCAUUCGCUUUUGUAUUCUUCUUCUUUCGUCCGCCAUCUUUUUUCUUUAUUAUUCUUUCAUUCGUCCUCGAACCGAUCCUGAUACACGACAUUGGCUUUUAUAGUCCGAUAUCGCUACCACUAGACCACUUGCUCGUUGUUGAUAGCCUACUGUAACUUAUUAUUCACUUUAACUUUUUUCCUAGCUUUAAUAUUCGACACAUUUCAAGUCACAAAAUGAUUUUCGUAGGACUUGAACCACAAUGGUAUAUUACACAGCAUGUAGUCUUUACCACUUGACCACUUGCUCGUUGUUGGAGGCCUACCGCAACAUAUUCACCAUAACCUUUUUCUCUGGCUUGUGUAAUUAAUAUUCGACACAUUUUAAGUCACAAAAUGACUUUUGUAGAACUUGAAACACAAUGGUAUAUUACACAGCAUGUAGUCUUUACCACUAGACCACUCGCUCGUUGUUUGAGGCCUACCGCAACAUAUUCACCAUAACCUUUUUCUCUAGCUUAUGUAAUUAAUAUUUGACACAUUUUAAGUCACAAAAUGACUUUUGUAGAACUUGAACCACAAUGGUACAUUACACAGCCUGUAGUAUUUACCACCAGACCACUUGCUCGUUGUAGGAAGUCAAACGCAACUUAUUCCCUUAUUUUUUCUCCAGCUUGUAUAAUUAAUAUUCGACACAUUUCAAGUCACAAAAUGACUUUUGUAGAGAUUGAACCACAAUGGUACAUUACACAGCCUGUAGUAUUUACCACCAGACCACUUGCUCGUUGUUGGAAGCCAAACGCAACUUAUUCACCUUAUUGUUUUGUAGUUUGGAAAUUAAAAUUCGACACAUUUCAAAUCGUAGAAUUACUUCUGUAGGACUUGAACCACAAUGGUACAUUACACAGCCUGUAUAGUCUUUACCACUAGACCACUUGCUCGUUCUCGGAAGCCAAACGCAACUUAUUCACCUUAUUUUUUUCUCGAGCUUGUAUAAUUAAUAUUCAACACAUUUCAAGUCACAAAAAGACUUUUGUAGAGCUUGAACCACAAUGGUACAUUACACAGCCUAUAGCAUUUAACACUAGACCACUUGUUCGUUGUACGAAGCCUAGCACAACUUAUUCACCUUAUGUUUUUCUCUACUUCUAUAAUUAACCAUUUUCGAAUCACAAAAUGACAUCUGUUGGACUUGAACCACAAUGUUACAUCACAUAGCCUGUAGACAUUACCACCAGACCACUUGCUCAUUGUUGGAAGCCAAACGCAACUUAUUCACCUUAUUUUUUUUCUAGCUUGUAUAAUUAAAAUUGUAAUCGUAAAAUUACUUCUGUAGGAGUUGAACCACAAUGGUACAUUACACAGCCUGUAGUCUUUACCACUGGACCACUUGCUCUUUGUUUGAAGCAGCCAUUUUAUUUUUGUUCUAGACGCAACUUUGAACUUCAAUGUUAACAAUUUACCUGAAGUGUAAUAAUUACAACAAAACUUUUUGUGAUUGAUUUGCACUGUCAUACUAAGUUUCAGGACUUUUACGAAUUUUGGAAAAAAACCCUUUUUAAAGCUCUGGGACUGGAUUUCUGGCGUUUUCUCGGCAAAUUCGCAAUUCGUAAAUUGACUGUAUUUAAAAAAGGUCAUAAUUUCACAAAAAUGAUUACUUUAUUACGCAAAUUUUAACUGAUAAUGUCAAAUUUUAACUGAAAUUUACCAGAUUUUUGCCUGAGUUUCACAGUUGGAUGUAACUACAAAUUAGACUCUUUAAUUAGUGACCGGUCAUAAAGUAUGUGUACUAGGGGGUGGAGGGUAUUCCAAAAUCUAGGAGAGGAUCGAAGUACUCCAGGAGUGAGACAGGCUAAUCAAUGAAAUGUAAAUUCUCGCGUGCAUGAUCGAUAGUGCGGUAAAAUCUCACGGUUUGCCGGUGAUCCAUGUAUUAGUUUAAAUUCUCACUAAAAACUCUCUUUUCUAGAAUUGUUUGAAGUGUUCGACGACAAGAAAGAGCUACGUCUAAACCAUGAUCUCUAUAUCGCUGUACUAUGUACAUAUACCUGGAGUGUGCUUCAGUUUGCAUUCGUCAGGACCGCCACUGCAGAGACUGUGGCAGACCAUGAUCCUUUGCACGAGACAAAAAAGGAAGUUAAAAAUAUGAGAGGAAGAUCGGUGAGUGUUGUUUUUUAUUUUCAAUUAAACACCAUGUAAAGUCCGUAAUGUCAACAAACGCUUUGUUUACAUUUUGAACUCAGUGCUACAGUUGUAAAAUAUGAUUAGAUAUAUAUUAUACUGAAUUUUUAACACUCUUCUGGUUCGCUAUGCUUGUAAAUGAAUACAGACUAGAGAUUCAAUUCAAGAAAGGUAAAAAGAUACGAAUUAAGUAUUAAUAAGAUUCCAACGGUCGGGUCCCGACCAUUGGAAUGUAAGCCUGCGCUGAACGUAUGCGCAGAACAGACUUUACAUGGUCAUUAAAGGUAUAUUGUGUGAUUAUUACAACAUAGCUACAAGUAUAGCAAAACAUUUCUUGGCUUCGUUGUGACAAGCAACAGGUAUAGAAAAUUCCAAAACAAUCACAAAACCCAGGAUGCUACUACAGGCUUAAACCUUUUCUAUUCCACUUUCUAUUGUAGGGAACUUUAAGCCAAACCGCGAGCAAAGAACACGAAAAUCCGAACAAGGUGUCCUUGAAUCGUUCCAUGCCAAAAUACCUUCACAAACUGGUGAAAAAAUCUCGAGCACACAACCAGAAAAGAUUGCUUAACGCCUACAGACUCGACUACCUAGACGACGAGGAAAUUCGAGCAAGAAAUAAAUUGAUCAUGAAAUUACGUGAGAUACGACUCAAGGAGCUACAGAAAGCAAAGAAAAGUCGUUUCCAUGGUGAUUUGUACAAUAUUCUCGUGGGAAUUUUCAUGAUGGAUGCACCGUUUCUUAUACUACGUUUGAUUAUGAUAUUUAAGUUCAGUGUUACAACAGACCUUCACUUGUUGUUCACAGGCAAGAAUGCAGUCGGGGUUAGCUUGCUUUUCUAUAGAUUGUGUAUUCUUACCUGCGCGUAUAAAUAG